AUGUUCAAGAACGCGUCCACGCUCAUGCUGAAAUUGAGCUACAACAAGCUGCAAGGCGGCUUGGAUGAAUUCAUGGCGCUCAUAGGCCUCUGCAGCUUGACCCUCACCGGGAAUCAUCUGUCCGGCAAGAUUCCCGCAAAAGAUAAGCGACCUCUCGUGGGUGCAGCGGCUAGUGCUAGCGCGGAUCGCGCUGUCCGGGAGCGUGCCAGAGGCGGCAAGCUGCCAAAUAUCAUCAAGUGUCCCAAGGAGCUGCUCGUAGCGAACAACGGAUUCACCGCCAAUCUUCCUAACGUGGACUCGUGCGCGGGCGUGGAGGAGCGCGUCGACCUGUCGUACAACCAGCUGUCGGGCGCCAUCCCCACCAUCGUUGCGGAAUUUUCGUUCCUCACCCACCUCUCACUCUAG